CAGUGGCGUCUUCCACAAUGAACACUGCCAGGGAGGCUGCAUUUGGGGCCACGGAUCUUGUGACCAGUCGAAUGGGCGACAUCGUCAACUUGACCAAAGGGACCGUUCAGGACAGUGUUGACUUGACUAAGUCAGUGAUGAAUUCCACAGUUAACACCACCAAAGACGCCACAUUUGGGGCCACAGAUCUCGUGACCCACAGAGUGGCCGACAUCGUCAACUUGACCAAAGGGACCGUUCAGGACAGUGUUGACUUGACCAAGUCAGUGAUGAAUUCCACAGUCAACACUGCCAAAGAUGCUGCAUUUGGGGCCACAGAUCUCGUGACUCACAGAGUGACGGACAUCGUCAACUUGACCAAAGGAACCGUUCAGGACAGUGUUGGCUUAACCAAGUUGGUGGUGGCUUCCACAGUGAAUACUGCUAAGGAUGUUGCAUUUGGUGCCAAAGAUAUUGUGACCAGUCGAAUGGGUGACAUCAUCAACUUGACCAAAGGGACCGUUCAGGACAGCGUUGACUUGACCAAGUCAGUGGUGUCCUCUACAGUUGGCACAGCUCUCCAAGCUGCCCAGGGAACGAGAGAGAUCUUAGCUGGACGGUCAUACAAACCAGCAGAAAACAGCAGUGACCAAAGCAUUGAGCUGACCAACUUACUAAAACAAAUGGUGGCAAGCGGAGUGGAUGCCGUGCUGGAGAAGUCAGAGAGAAUGGUGGACCAUUUCCUGCCCAUGACGCAGGAGGAGCUGGAAAAGCUGGCUGUAGAAGUACCAGGUCCAAAUAAGGCUUCCAUGAAGGAUGAGCAGCAAAGUUAUUUCAUCCGCUUGGGCUCCCUCUCCACCAAAGUACGCCAUCGGGCCUACAUGUAUUCCCUCAGCAAACUUCAUCUCCUUAAGGAAAACACUCAAAAUAUGCUUUUUCAGCUCCAAAUGAUAAUUAACCUGGUUGAGAGUGUGAAAGAAGGUGUGGGGCAGCGGUUCCAAGAGGCCCAACAGAAACUCCAUCAGGUCUUGUCAGAGUGGGUCCAGAGCCAGCCAGGAGGGAAGCAGGCCAAAGAAGAUGCACAGAAAGAGGUCGAAUUGCGCACUCUGGCUUUGCUUCAUUUUAUCGCCCAGGGCCUGGGUCCAGCCUACUCUCGGUUGAUGUCGAGCAUUGAAGGCCUCCCCAGCAACAUACGUGAAAAAGUGGGCCAGGCCAUCAGCAACGUCCGCCAGCUCCAAGCUUCUUUCUCCUCUGCCACGUCCUUCCAAGACUUGCCAUCCAACAUCCUAGUCCAGAGCCGUGAGCAAAUCGCUAAGGCCCGCGAGGCUCUGGACGUGCUCGUGGAGUACGUGCUACAGAACACGCCUCUGAACUGGGUUGUGGGGCCUUUCCGGGCACUGCCAGCUGCUACCAAAGAAGUCACGAUGGCGGAAAUGCCCAGACUGGCUGACCCAGAGAAGGCAAAGAAAGAGCCAAAGGAUGGAGGCGAGACCACCACAUCAGGUGCGGCUCUGAAGGAGACCCUGACACCGCCCAGGCCAGCGACGGCCGUGCCCAAACUCGCAAAGAUGCCCGAGGAAGCCAUGGAGGUGGAAGCAGAAAAAGUGAAAGAAGCAGGCCAGACUCAAGAGGUGGCAGCUACUUUUGACAUGCCAAAGAGAGCAAAGAAAGAAAUAAAAGUGGAUCACGCAGCCACUCACUCAUGCAGAAGAAUUCCUCUGCAACUCUCUCUCACCCGGGAAGCAGCCCGUUACUUCUCUGCAUGA